GUGUAGCUGUUUGAGAGUGGUCCAGUCUCAAAAUGGCGGCGCUGUACAAGGUUGCGAGCAGCGCGAGACGCGGAGGAAGAUGUUUAUUAAGGAAACCUGCAGUUUUUCUGGGGAACAGAUUUUGCAGCAGCGGUGACGAAGGUGUUUCUACAGCAGGAGGAGAAGAAGAGAAACAGAGAAGCGGCUUUGCUGCUGCUUAUGAGCUUCAUUCCGAGAUGAAACAGCAGCAGGACACCGAGAGCCGCAAGGUGCGCAAGGUUCCCAAGAGCUCCUCAGACGACUCUCAGUCCUUUGCGUCGCUGCUGCGUCACUCGCCGUUGAUCCAGAUGGGUCCGGCUAAAGACAAAAUCGUCACCGGUAAUGUUUUCCACGUGGUCCAGGAUGACCUGUACAUAGAUUUCGGUGGCAAAUUCCACUGCGUGUGCAAGCGGCCCAAGGCGGACGGUGAUAAAUACCGGCGGGGCAGCGUCGUUCGUCUCAGGCUGGAGGACCUCGAGCUGACCUCACGCUUCCUGGGUGCGAACACCGACACCACGCUGCUGGAGGCCGACGCCACCCUCCUCGGACUGCUCGAGGGGAAAGAGACCAGAGAGAAGCAGUAGCUUUUCCCCCACCGGAGACUGUGAAACUGUUUGUCGUUAUUCUGUGAACAGCGAUGAAUAAAUCAUAUUUGAAUUUU